GCAAUCGCACAGGUGAUCUCUCUGAGAAGGAAGGUCAACGAUCUCGCAGCCACCAUCGCGAAAUUCACUGACGCAGCCGACAUUUACCUCGUCGCCUAUAUCAUCUCGCUUGCCAGUGCUAGUGCAGUAACACAGCCGGCAAGAUUGCUGUCGCAUUUUGAUGCUAGACUGAAAAGCAUCGCUCGGGAUGUUGUCAGCAAUAGUACCAUCGAUGAGGAGUCUGUUCUGCGCGAAAUUUUGGAGCGCUGCUACAGCCAAGCCGUCGAUGCCCAUGGUGCUUUGAAUUGCAACGACUACUACAUUCCGCUGGAUUAUCCUGUUAACCCUUACGACCCCGACUUUGAGAGCGAGCAGUAUUACGAGCACGAAGACCGCCUAGACAUCGACGAGGUCAAUGCCGCGUGGUUUGCUAGGGAAUGCGAGCGCCGAGCUAACAACCCGGAGAAGCGGGAAGAGGAGUGGAUUGGCUUUUGGUUCCAAGCAUUGGGCAACUGUCCCCAUGGACCUACACUGUUUAAUCCACAGACGAGUGUUCUCCAGUGCCGCGAUUUUCCCUACUUAUGGCGCUUGACCGACGUCCCGCGAUACCUGUUCAGAGCAUUCGAUGUAGAUAGUUUUGGUCAGAGCGAUGAGCGCGUUGUCGCUUCCGCGGAAAGUGUCUCUGCGUUCUCUGGGCAACGAAGCAGAAUCGAUCUCUUUUCGAGGACCAGUGUGGAGGCCGCACGAAUGCUGUACGAACAUUUGGAUAACAAGCGUUUUGGAUUAGGAAAUUGCCUCGACAAUUUAAUGUCGUGGAGCAGCUCCCUGUUGUUUGUGAUCCAGUGUGCUAUCUGGAGAUGCCACCGGGCCGGUCGUGCUCCGAGCGAGGUCAAGAUCUGCGCCGUCGACACAACCAAGUUUCCCAAGGGCCAGUUUGCACGGGACAUGUUUUUGCUCCAGGCUUAUCGCCAAACUGCCGAUCUCAACAUUAACAUGCGGAGAUUUUUCGAUUUCCGUCUCGGCAACGAGCAGUACGACAACGGGGAGUUUCUCUCGCAGGGAGAAGUGCAUCACGGGGGCCGGUCUUGUGUCUUUUCUCUUAGCCAGCUCAUCCAGGCUGGGCUGCAUGACCUGUAUCCCGACCUAGCAGAGGAAUCCGGAAUGAAGUUUUGGACAAACCGGGUGAAGGUCCUUCGAUCGCGGUGGUCCGCUGAUGACCAUCCAACAACUCGAGUCGAUAUACAAACAGCCCUUGGGUUAGCCACAGCAUGCUUCAGGCAAUUCGAUGCGACGGAUGUGGCAUUGCUGCUCUUGUCCUUCAAGAACCGCAAGCUUAAGGCCACAACAGUACAGGACAGUCUAGAGAACCCAAAGAAGUACGGGCCGCUGGAGGUCCAAAGAUACAUUAGCAUUGCGGAAACAGUA